GUCACGCCCAUUCAUAAUUGAAAACCGCGUCGGUAAAAGAAAAAUUCUGUGAACUUUCGACUUUCUCUCAGGCAUUUGAUCAAACACUUCUCCUUCAUCUUCCUCAGCCAUGGCUGCUACUCAUGCUUCCUCCUCUUCUUCCACUCUCAGAGCCAUUUCUUCCUCUGCUAAGCACCCUUCAGCCUACCCCACCUCUCUCCGCUCACUUCUAAAACCCCAGCCAUUUAACCCUUUGGUUUCAAGAAAUAGUCUCCGCAUCAGCACCCCGGCCGCCGGCGCCACCUCCAGGAAAUCGCUCACCGUCAGUUGCCUCGCCAGCCCAUCCGCCAAAGUUCAAGAACUGCAUCUGUACGAGAUCAACGAGCGUGAUCGUGGCAGUCCGGCGUAUCUCCGGCUGAGCAAACAAACAGUCAACACUCUCGGCGACCUAGUCCCAUUCUCCAACAAGUUGUACACCGGCGAUUUGCAGAAGAGGGUAGGGAUAACCGCCGGACUGUGUAUUCUGAUCAAGCACGAAGAGGAGAAGAAAGGCGACCGUUACGAAGCGAUUUACAGCUUCUACUUCGGCGACUACGGCCAUCUCGCCGUUCAGGGGCAGUACCUGACGUAUGAGGACACCACUUUGGCGGUCACCGGCGGAUCUGGGAUCUUUGAAGGAGUCUCCGGUCAGGUCAAGCUCCAGCAACUCAUUUUCCCGUUCAAGCUCUUCUACACUUUCCACUUGAAGGGUAUUCCUGAUCUGCCGGCGGAGCUAUGCGGCACGCCGGUGCCGCCGUCACCCGCCGUGGAGCCGUCUCCCGAGGCCAAAGCGUGCGCGCCUGGGGCCACCAUUCCGAACUUCUCGAAUUAGUCGAUUAAUUUACCGGUUCUGGGACCCACAGGGUGCAUUUAAUUUACGAAUUAGUACCAAUUACUGUACUACAUAUUCUCAGUUCUGGCUAGGGGUGGGCAAAAAUACCGAAAUAUCGGUAUACCGCACUUACCGUACCGAAAAAUACCGGGAAAUACCGAAAUAUUGGUAUACCGUCAUUUUCGGUACGGUAUCAUACCGUACCGGUCUAUUUUGGUACGGUAACGGUAAAUGUUUUCAAAUACCGUGGUAUACCGAUAUAAUACCGUACCGACUCCCUACUCAACAAUUACUUUUAAUUCUAAUAUAAUGUAGAAAUCCAUUACAAUUUUGAAGCCC